AAAUAUUUAUUUGGUGUUUGGAUUCUGAAAUCAUCAGAAAGAGAAGAGUAGUGAGCUCUGAUUUGUGUUGAGUGCAGAGAAAAGAAGAUGACAAGCAACAAGUAUGCAGUGUUGGUGGGAUGCAAUUAUCCCAACACACAAAAUGAAUUGCAUGGCUGUGUAAACGACGUUGUGGGCAUGAAAAGCACCCUGCUUACUCGUUUUGGGUUUGGCAAAGAGAAUAUUGAGCUCCUGAUCGAUACAGACGAGUCAUACACAAAGCCCACAGGAGAAAACAUUCGCAAGGCCCUGCUCAACAUGGUAGGGAAGGCCAAGGGUGGAGAUGUGCUCUUCUUUCACUACAGCGGCCAUGGCACAAUCAUCCCAAUCCAUCACCACAAGGACGAGUGUAUUGUCCCAUGUGAUUUUAACUUUCUCACAGACGAAGAUUUUCGCGAAAUAGUGAAUCAAGUUCCGGAAGGGGCCUCUUUCACCAUGGUCUCUGAUUCGUGUCACAGUGGAGGCCUUAUUGACAAAGAAAUAGAACAAAUCGGUCCUCAUGGUCAAGCUCAAACUGCUAAUACUUGUGAAAUCACCGAAGAAGAAAGGAAAAAGAGCAAGUUUUUGCCCUUGGAUUCUAUUCUGCAAGUCUUAAGAGAAAAAACAGGGCAAGCUGAAUUAGAGGGCGAUGAUAUAAAGACUGCUCUGUUUGAUCUGUUUGGAGGAAACAGCAGCUGCAAAGUGAAGAAGCAAUUUGAAGGUGUUAGGGAAUUUGUAGCGGAGCAAGCUCGCGUUGAUGAAGACAUGGGAAUACUGUUAAGUGGGUGUCAAUCAGAUGAGACUUCUGCGGAUGCGUGCCCAUCUGGUAAUCUAGAAGAGGCAUUUGGGGCUUUCACCAAUGCUAUUCAAAUGGUGUUGGGCGAGCAUCCGGGCCCUAUAAGCAAUAAAGAACUGGUUUUGAGUGCGAGGAAACUUUUGCUACGAGAUGAAUACUCGCAGCAUCCAUGCCUCUACUGUAGCAAUCGAAACGCAGAUGCCAACUUCCUCUUUGAACAAUCCAACAAUCCAAAAUAAUUUACCAUUCCACCCUGCAAACGCCACACUUUCAAUGUAAUCACUUGAUUAUUUCUAAUAAAAAUUUCAUUUUCAA